AUGUCAACUGUUCCUAGUCUUAGCUUUUCGAUCAGCAACAAACGUAAACCGAUCUUAAUAUGUGAUGGAUUCAUUUUUCAAUUAAACCGUACACGGUCAAAGUUGAAGUACUGGCGAUGCAAAGAUCGAACUUGUUCAGCUUAUAUUCAUACAAAUCACAACAAUCAAUAUGUUGGAAAAUCCGGUGAUCAUAAUUUUCAUUUACCAGUGCCUGAACAAGUCGAAGUUGCAAUGUUUAAAGAGAAGGUGAAAGAACGAGUUGUGAAAGAAACAACGGCGAUUGGAAACAUUUACGACAAGGAAAUGGCUUCUCUUAAUCUGAGUGAUGGUGCUCUAGGUUUAAUUCCUUUGGCUGACGACGCAAAAGCAUCGCUUAAUCGUUUACGACGACAAACAACACCACCAUUGCCAACAUCAUCUUGUUUCGAUGUUCCCGAUGCCUAUUCAACGACAAUCAGUGGUGCACAUUUUUUAUUCAGUGACAAAGUUGUUCGAAAGAAGCGGGUGUUGUUGUUUGCAACAGAUGAGCAAUUGCGUAUGCUUUUUUCAGCAAAAACCAUUAUGAUCGAUGGAACAUUUUCGGCAUGUGUACCACACUUCAAUCAAGUGUUUUCGUUGCAUUGCAUCAAGUAUGGAUACAAUUUUCCAUGUGUUAUCGGUUUGUUGCCUGGUAGAACUGCUUCAAUAUACAAACAUGUCUUUGAGAUAUUGGAUGCAGCAGCUCAAAGUCUUAAUUGCAAAUUUAAUCCGAACAAAAUCAUGUCCGACUUCGAGCAAGCUCUUAUCAAGACAAUUGCUUCAUAUGUAAGCAAUAACUUUCACAUCGAUCUGGUUUUAUUACAUUUUUACUUCUUUUAGUUUCCGAACGCGCAACAUUCGGGAUGUUUCUUCCACUACACCCAGUGCUUGAAUCGUCGUAUUCAAGCAUUGGGAUUAAGCAUGUUUUA